UUAAAAAAAAAUGGUGCAUAUCGUAGUAAUCUCUGACACCAUUGUUCGACCAGAGAACUACGAGGAUGGAUCGGAACAGGUUAAGAUCCAUCUAACUCCAUGGGAUCUCUCCUUCCUUCGAACUGAGUACGCACAAAGAGCUCUUAUCUUUCCGCAACCCAACCCGGGAACCCACCUGAUCUCUCAGCUGAAGUCUUCUCUUUCCGCCGCAUUGAAGAUUUUCUAUCCAUUUGCUGGACGUUUAGUGAAGAUCGACAACGAAGAUGACGGAACAAAGUCAUUUAUCAUAGAUUGCGAUGGUUCAGGUGUCAAAUUCGUGCAUGCUUCGGCCAAGACUGUCUCGGUGAGGGAUGUUUUAGAACCGGCUAAUGGUACUGUCCCUGAUUACUGGAGUGAGUUUUUCCCAGCGAACGGAGUUCAAAGCUGGGAAGGGGUCUCAAAGCCGUUGAUUGCGUUCCAAGUAACGGAGUUAAAAGAUGGAGUUUUCAUUGGAUAUGGUUAUAACCAUUUGGUUGCAGACGGAACUUCGUUCUGGAGUUUCUUCAAAACGUGGACGGAGAUUUUCUCUACCGGUUUUGACCGCAAAAGGUUUCCUCCUUUGCCUCUUUGUGGAUGGUUUCUCGACGGGAUUGAUUACCCGAUUCAAAUUCCCAUCUCAGAGACGGUACCAUCAUCACAUGCUGGGCUUGUCGCUCCAUCGUUACCGCAUCUCGAAAAGAAGAUCUUUCGGUUCACGAGUGCACACAUCUCUAAGCUCAAAGCUAAAGCCAACGACGAGGUUGUUGGUUAUGGUGAGGAUCUGAAAAUCUCGUCGUUCCAAGCUGUGUUGGGGCAUAUGUGGCAAUCAAUAAUCAGAAACAGUGAUCUCAAUCCGGAAGAAGUUAUUCAUUGCAAGUUGGCAAUGGAUAUUAGACAAAGGCUAAACCCUCCGGUGAAGAAAAAUUGUUUUGGAAACAUGAUCGGACUGGCGGCGACGACGACAACCACCAGAGAAAUGCUUGACAAUGGGCUGGGUUGGGUUGCUUUGCAACUAAACAAAACUGUGAGGUCACAAACGAAUGAAGAACUUAGAAAGUUUGCUGAUAAUUGGGUGAAGAGCCCGAAAAUACCGAAUCGGUUGGUUGCAAAUAAUUCGCUCGUUGUUGCUGGCUCUCCACGGUUCAAUGUGUUCGGAAAUGAUUUCGGCUGGGGGAAACCGAUUGCGUUUCGAGGUGGACCGGGAAUUGCUGGCCAUGGUAAAAUCCUUGCUUACCCGGGAACUGAAAAAGGAAGCAUGGAGAUUCAUACGUCUCUAUGGUCUCACGUUUUGGACAAGUUAUUGGCUGAUCAAGAGUUUUUACAGCAUGUCGUAUGCAGUGGCAGACCCAAGAUCUUUUUUCAUCGAAAAAUUCUCUCCCUCCGCCACAAAGCUUUAUCUUUUAUCAGAAUUGAGGUCAGAAGUAGAGAUUCAACAUUUUUCUGGUGGGAUCCUUGGACACCAUUUGGUAUCUUAAGAGAGUUUUUAGGGUCUGAAACCUCUCUCGGUAUCCCCUCAAGCGCGACUCUAGCGGAUCUUAGCUCUGGUAAUGGAUGGACGUUUCCAAAUACAGAGAAUCAGGUCCUGCUUCUAUCCUACAUCACAACUCUGCACUUGACUACAGGCUCAGACCAGGCGGUUUGUGGUGUGGCGAUCAAUGCCUCGGAGGUUUCACUUGCCUUCAGUGCCCCUGGUGUGGGCUGA